CGGGCGGCACGGCCGCUUCGCAGCCGGCGGAGGCGACCCGGUCGGAGAUUCCCUCGGGGUCGCGGAGCUGCCGGGGGGCGUCGCGGACGCGGGGGGCCGACGCCACCUCCAGCCGCCGCCGCGGGCAGUGAAACCUUAAGGAUCCUUCCUGUCUCAAGGGCUGGCCACUAAUUGUAGUCAUUCCUCCACGAUGUUCUCAGUCACAGCAGUGGGACGGCUCAGUUCAUGCCGUGAAAUCACCCAGUGAGCAAAAGAGCCUCCAGGAACGGCAAGCAAAAGGCUUCUCCAGCUUCCGGCUUGCCGAGCCUCCUUUGCUCUUAAAAAUGCCCAGACACACUCUGACUCGGAAACAUGCGCCCAAACAAAGGAAAAUGAAAGGCGUUAAGAGAGAUCUCACUGAAGAGUAUCUAUGCUUGGAGUUUUCUCACCAAACAGAAGGCUGCAUCUUCCCUCUUCAUACAUCUGUGACUUUAUUCCUGUUAUCAUACUGUGACUGCAAGAUCUUCAAGGUCUACUUAGUUCUCGCCAAAGAAAGUGCAGACGCGUCCGUGCUGAAACACGCACUGUCUCGGGAUCUGGAGGUGGAGAUCAUCGGCAGGCCGGAGCUCCCGGCAAUAGUCCAGAAUUGCUGUCUGCCCGCAGUGGUGGAGAGGCCCGGCACUUUCUGCAGAGCGGGACUGGCCGUUGUCCUGAGACACAUCAUCCAGAGAGCAUACGAGGCAGACCCCUCUCAGAAGGAGUUCCUGCAGCUCCUGGGUUUUAAGAAGACUUGCUUGAAAGCCUGUGCCGAAGUCAGCCAGUGGACCAGGCUGUGCGAGGUCGCCAUCCCCUCGGCGGUGGAGGGCUUCCUCGGCGACUCCUCCACCCGGGGCCCGGCCAUCCCCGGGGCGGUGCUGCAGCUGGAGAGGAAGCUCAGCGAGCCGGUCCGCGUGCACAACGACGAUAAGCUCCGGAGGCAGAAGCUGAAGCGGCAGCAGGCGGCCAGGGCGAAGGAGAAAGCCCAGGGCCAGGCCCCAAAGACGCAGGGAGCAGCCGAGGAGCCGGGCUCCCCGCCCGCGAGCCCGGAGCUGAGCGAGGCCUUGUCCAGGCUGAAGGUGCAGGAAGAGCCGGCGCCCGCCGGCAGGGAGCCCGCCCGCAUCCGCAAGGCCAGGGCCUCGGAGCUGCCCCCUCUGGAGCACGUGUUUGCGGAGGGCCUGUACUUCACGCUGGCCGACAUCGUGCUGCUGCCCUGCGUCCACCACUUCCUGGCCAUCGUCUGCAAGAAGCUUUCUGCAAAGCUGGAGGAGUUUCCCCUGCUGGUGGCCUGGUACCAGAGAAUUCAGGACGUGCCCCGAGUGAAAGCCACGGCUUCCCAGUGCGGGAUCCAGUUUCUCCACCUGCCCCAGUCGCGGACCUCCUCCCGAGAACGGCAGCUGUGCCCAGCUGAGGCCCCGGGGGCAGAGGAGCAGCCGAGUGACCCUUCCUUCAUAGGCGGGCCCAGGCCCACCAUGACCAAGCUGAUGGACAAAGGCAUUGAGGCAGUGUUCUCACCCCACCCGUGCCCCACGUGGACUCUGGACUGGGAUAAUCUUCCUGCAGCCGUGAGCCCAAAGGAGGGAAAAAUGUCCAGUGACCGAGCCCUGAGGAAGCAGCAGCAAUUAAACAACCUGGCUUACGUGGUGACCAGUCAAGCCAAGCCUGGGGAUAAAAUUGUGGACUUCUGCAGUGGCGGGGGCCACGUAGGGAUCGUUCUGGCUCACUUGCUACCCUCCUGCCAGGUCAUACUCAUAGAGAGCAAGGAGCUGUCGUUGAUCCGCGCGAAGAAGAGGUGUGAUGAGCUCGGCCUGAGUAACACCUGGUUCAUCCAGGCAAACAUGGAGUACUUCACCGGCGCGUUCAACCUCGGGGUGGCGCUGCACGCCUGCGGCGUGGCUACAGACAUGGUGAUCGAGCGCUGCAUCAGGGCCGGGGCCACCUUUGUCACCUGCCCGUGCUGCUAUGGCUUCAUCCAGAACACCUCCAAGUGCCAGUUUCCAAAAAGUGAACAGUUUAAGAAGACAUUAUCAUACAAGGAACACAUGAUCCUGUGCCGCUUUGCAGACCAGACGGCCGUCCAGAUUCCCCCGCAGCGCAGGCUCAUAGGGAAGCAGUGCAUGUGCCUGGUGGAUCUGGACCGCGCCAGGGCCGCAGAAGAGCGGGGCUACUCCGUCCAGGUCAUCUCCAUGGAGCCGGAGAGCUGCUCCCCCAAGAACAACAUGAUCGUGGGGCUCCCCCCCGGGCACAAGGGGGCGCACAUCUGACUGCUGCCACCCCUCGACCUUCUCAGCAACCACGGUGAUCAACCGUCCCUCGCCCGCCCUGCUCCAGCGGGAGCAUCUCCGAAGAGGGGCUGCCCGUGGGGGGGGGGGGAUCCCCAUCCGGCCCGUCUCCCCGGGAUGUGAUUAAAGGCCUGGUUUUCCUGGUGAGGGGGCUCCUGCCAGCGGUUCCUUGUCCCCCAUCGAGCCCCCACCCCACCCCCCUUUGGGGAAAGCGUGUCCUGAGCUGCCACCGUGACGGCCAUUGCAGACAGUGUACCCACCACCUCCACGCUCUGCUCCCCAGCAAGCUUUGUUUUUAUACUUUUAGUGAUCAUACUUUUUCUACCUUUUUUUUUUUUUUUUUUUAAAGAUCUAGUCGGGUGAUUCUGGUUAAGCUGGGGUGGUCUGUAUUUGUGCGUCAUUUUUAUAUGCUCCUUUUAAAGGUAUUUCCCUCAGACGACAUCACAGGGGCUCUUCACGGGCUGCCACGUUUUAUACCGAGAGCUUUCAGGAUGGUGGUGCAGGUUUGCACAUGAGUUCUGACCAGCCGCUAACAAAGAUUAAUUCAAGUUCUUCACUACUAAUUGAGGAUCCGUUAUUUUUUGUGUGACCUUGGCCUAGAUUCCUCGUAGGGUGCAAAGGUGUCUCGUCUACGAGACACACAGGGGAAAGUCACACAGGGGAAAGAGGGAGGUGCAGUCACUGGUGUCUGCAGCAUACAGCUGCAGACUGGGUUUUCCAGAUCCCACUCGUUUUCUGCUGAUAGUUCUGGUCACAAUCACUGCCUACAACUUGGAGGAGGGAGGCAUAGAGAGCAUGAAAGCCACUUGAACUCCCUCCGCCCGAAUUCUCCUCAUUCCAGCCGCCCCCACGUGGAGACGGCCACCCCUUCCCCUCUCUCCAGGUCUGAGGGCAUGUCUUCCGAGAUAAGGUUCCGCCCCUCGGGUUCUCAUGCUUACGACUCCGGUACCACCAGGAGAAAGGACUCUCACUCGCCCUGAGUAGACAGGCUGCUGUGAGUCGUAGUCAGGAGUGAGUUAUGGAGGGGCGGGCUUUGGAGUCUGGUUUUCUGCCCUUAAGUGUAAGAGGAGAAUAAACCAUCAGCCCUGAGUAUUUCA